GGCAUCCGGGGCAGCCCGCGGCUUGGGUACCUGGUGGCGCACAACCUCCUCCUGGCUCAUGCCAAAGUCUGGCAUCUCUACAAUACUUCUUUCCGUCCCACUCAGGGAGGCCAGGUGUCCAUCGCCCUAAGCUCUCACUGGAUCAAUCCUCGAAGAAUGACCGACCAUAGCAUCAAAGAAUGUCAAAAAUCUCUGGACUUUGUACUAGGCUGGUUUGCCAAACCCAUAUUUAUUGAUGGUGACUAUCCCGAGAGCAUGAAGAAUAACCUUUCGUCUCUUCUGCCUGAUUUUACUGAAUCUGAGAAAAAGUUCAUCAAAGGAACUGCUGACUUUUUUGCUCUUUCCUUUGGACCAACCUUGAGUUUUCAACUUUUGGACCCUCACAUGAAAUUCCGCCAAUUAGAAUCUCCCAGCCUGAGACAACUGCUUUCCUGGAUUGACCUUGAAUAUAACCAUCCUCAAAUAUUUAUUGUGGAAAAUGGCUGGUUUGUCUCAGGGACCACUAAGAGAGAUGAUGCCAAAUAUAUGUAUUACCUCAAAAAGUUCAUCAUGGAAACCUUAAAAGCCAUCAAGCUGGAUGGGGUGGAUGUCAUCGGGUACACUGCGUGGUCCCUCAUGGACGGUUUCGAGUGGCACAGAGGUUACAGCAUCAGGCGUGGACUCUUCUAUGUCGACUUUCUAAGCCAGGAAAAGACGUUGUUGCCAAAGUCUUCAGCUUUGUUCUACCAAAAGCUGAUAGAGAAAAAUGGCUUUCCUCCUUUACCUGAAAAUCAGCCCCUAGAAGGGACAUUUCCCUGUGACUUUGCUUGGGGAAUUGUUGACAACUACAUUCAAGUAGAUACCACUCUAUCUCAGUUUACCGACCUGAAUGUUUACCUGUGGGAUGUCCACCACAGUAAAAGGCUUAUUAAAGUGGAUGGGGUUGUGACCAAGAAGAGAAAAUCCUACUGUGUUGAUUUUGCCGCCAUCCAGCCCCAGAUCACUUUACUCCAGGAAAUGCACGUUACGCAUUUUCGCUUCUCCCUGGACUGGGCCCUGAUUCUCCCUCUGGGUAACCAGUCCCAGGUAAACCACACCAUCCUGCAGUACUAUCGCUGCAUGGUCAGCGAGCUUGUCCGUGUCAACAUCACCCCGGUGGUGGCCCUGUGGCAGCCUGUGGCCCCGAACCAAGGACUGCCGCGCCUCCUGGCCAGGCAGGGUGCCUGGGAGAACCCCUACACUGCCCUGGCCUUUGCGGAGUAUGCCCGACUGUGCUUUCAAGAGCUCGGCCAUCACGUCAAGCUUUGGAUAACGAUGAAUGAGCCGUAUACAAGGAACAUGACAUACAGUGCCGGCCACAACCUCCUGAAGGCCCAUGCCCUGGCUUGGCAUGUGUAUAAUGAAAAGUUUAGGCAUGCUCAGAAUGGGAAAAUAUCCAUAGCCUUGCAGGCCGAUUGGAUAGAACCUGCCUGCCCUUUCUCCCAAAAGGACAAAGAAGUGGCCGAGAGAGUUUUGGAAUUUGACAUUGGCUGGCUGGCUGAGCCCAUUUUCGGCUCUGGAGAUUAUCCAUGGGUGAUGAGGGACUGGCUGAACCAAAGAAACAAUUUUCAUCUUCCUUAUAUCACUGAAGAUGAAAAAAAGCUAAUCCAGGGUACCUUUGACUUUUUGGCUUUAAGCCAUUAUACCACCAUCCUUGUAGACUCAGAAAAAGAAGAUCCAAUAAAAUACAAUGAUUACCUAGAAGUGCAAGAAAUGACCGACAUCACGUGGCUCAACUCUCCCAGUCAGGUGGCAGUGGUGCCCUGGGGGUUGCGCAAAGUACUGAACUGGCUGAAGUUCAAGUACGGAGACCUCCCCAUGUACAUAAUAUCCAACGGAAUCGACGACGGGCUGCAUGCUGAGGACGACCAGCUGAGGGUGUAUUAUAUGCAGAAUUACAUAAACGAAGCUCUCAAAGAAGGGUGUAGUCAAGGCAGAUCCAGUGAAUAUAAGAAGGCGAGAAAGACCAGCGCACAGGCAGUUGAACUAGAAACAGGAAGGUCGGAAUUGCAGGGCGUAGGAGUGAAGCAUUUUCAGCUUGCGUCAAGAGGACUGUUGAAGGAGAAGCCAGCCGUUGGAGGGGAGGCACGGGGAGCGUUCCUCCUGGAUACGAGAAAGGUAGUGUACAAAGACGCUGAAAAGGCUGGGGAUGGUUUCGGGGCUUGUGGGAGUGGGCCCAGUGGAGGAGGGGAGGAAAGCAAAGGACAGAGGAGAACUGUAGGCAAGGAAUUCAAGUGUGUCCAGAAAAACCUUGUUGUUGGCUUCUACUUCAAAUCCAUGACCAAAUAUUACAUAAGACCCCUUCAGAAAGCAAUAGUAAACAUCCUCUACGUCUAA